AUGCAGCAGAGUAAUAUACGAACAUCCGUUUUACUGUACAGGCAUCUACUAAAGUGCAUUAGACAGCUGCCAAGUGAGACUCAAGGCCAUUACAAGCAUCACGUUAGGCAGGUUGGUCUCAGCAAAUCCAACCAUCUUCACCCUAACUAAACUAAAGCUAUUAAACUGUGCCGUGGCAGUGGGUAGGCUUGUGUCCAGCCCCAAGAUAUAUUUGCGCCGAUUGAUAUGAUUAAAGAUAAUAAUUCUACACGUCUUUUUUGUAACCAGGGGUGUGGAUUUUUAAUUAAGUUAGAUCGUAAAGUAAUAAAACCUCCCUAGGCUUCUAGGCCUAGCCUGUUGGCUCAUGGCUAGUGUACGACGUUUCUUCUUUAUUUUUCUCUCGCUCUCUUCCUUCGCGCCACACUCCACUAUCCGAACGCCCGGAACAGGCUAUCUAGGCCAGGCUUCUAUUACAAACAGGGUACAGAAUAAAUAGUUUAUGUGGUACAUUCCUACCCACCAUCUUUAUUAGACGGAUGUGUCAUAGAGGUGAUACCUACAGGUGUCGCAUCCUAGGAAACCGAGGGGCAGAUAGUGGGGGCGAGGGAAAGUCUUACUUUUCUUCGUUCCAUAUACAUUUUUCUGCCCGUUUAGACUUUCCCUUGCCCCCACUAUCUGCCCCUGGGUCUCCGAGGAUGCAGGUGUCCGUGUCCUUAACCCUAAUUCAAGGAAACUGUCGGUGAUGGGAGUACAGUGGGUUAGCAGAGGUACCAUAAAGAGGUUCAACUGAAAAGAAAUCGUUUCGCUGGUUUUGUCUUUAAUAUCUGUAGGGUUAUGCAAGUCACUGCGAUGAGACUGAUCCUGUAAGAAUACAGCAAAUUAUAAACAGAGCAGUGCAAGAUGCUGAGUGGCUGGUCAAAAAGGUCAGUAGGUUAUCUGGCAACCAGUGAGUAAAGGUAUACUGUGCACAUUUUGUAAUGCCUGCCACUCCCAAUCAGUAAGCAUUAGACGUGGUCGUCCUUUGCAGAUGGACGUGGAAAUAUCUUUUCUGGGUGGAGAAAACAAUUUUUUUCCCUUUACUCAUCCGUCACACUGCAGACCAGGGAGAGGCCAUUUUUCUUUUUAUUAAGACAGGAACUUUAUAGCCAAAUUGUUGGAAAGUUCACACAAUGAACAAGAGAGUCCCUGUGCGCUUAACUGAACCAGUUCCAGAAACAUUCACUGAUUUGGUACGAGUAGGUGCCCAGGGGGAUUCCAAUUCGUUUUGUUAACUUUCCCUGCAAUGGUUUUGCUCUUGAACAUUCUGCCCCGAUAAGCCACCUUUUGAUCACUGAAGUUGGCCUGUGCUAGGAUGUUAGUAACAUAGGGUUCUGGCUACUUCAUUUCUAAAUGGGUAAACAAUAUUUCACUGCUUAGCUCAGACAAAGGAUUUCAUUUAAGAGUGCAGAUACAAGCAUGCUAUAGUAUAAUAAUUAUGUACUUUCUUAGCGCUUUUAGCCUUAAAAGAUCAAUGUUAAGGGGAUUAUUAUUCCAUUUUGUUGUUAAAAAUUAGUCAAAAUCAUAUUGCAUCUGGAAGUUCAAUGAGGUGAAAUAGAGUCAAUCUAAAUCAUUAUGUGGCUACAAUAGUAUGCGCACUCUGAUUGGCUGUUUUCUUGUAAUGACCAGGCAUUAAUUUCUUGUAAUGACCGGACAUUACUAGCCACAUGUCAAAGGCAUAUACAAUCUGUGUUAACUUGAUAGUGGACAUCCUCAUGGACAUCAUGUUAUGGUCAACUGAUGGCUGUCAAAAAGGGUAUCUGCUGACCAGUGCCACAUGACUAUAUUGCAGGCUCAUUUGACAACUCAUUGAGGUGACAUGUUUUUUAAAAGUUAUCCGUUGACCAGUUGUUGGUUUAACUGAUCCCAGGAUCAGAUCCAUAAUGAAAAGGUCAUAUCAUAAAUAAAUUAUUAACCUCGACUGUUUGGUCAUUACAGGGAAAUCUCUGAGACCACAGUCAGAGAUUUCCCGGUAAUGACCGCACUCUUGGUAAAUAAGUGGUAUACAAAUUUUAGCAAAGACACUUUCAAUGUAUCAAGAUUCAGUCUGGAGAAUAUUGGGGCUUUAAGGGUAAAUGGCAUGCAAGGAAAACUAGAAUACUGACAGGGUAACAACCUGUACAUUGUACUUCUGUGCUGUAUUACAGACACGUUAGUCAUAAUGUCUAGUAUUAUUUCUUUGCAUUCACAGUACAAGAAGUAAUAGCAAGCAAACCCCAGCAAGUUGAUGGGACCAAUGUAAAUAAAAGCCAAGAGGCUUGAAGGCACGAACAAAAGCAUGAGGAGCAAGCUUCAGAAUCCUGAAUUUAAACUUAACUUUUAGAAACAAAAUAUUGAAAUAAGCCUUAAAGAAACUGUUGAUGUCAACCAAAGGGUUUUCAUCAGUGUGAGAACUUGACUUGUUAAAAAUUAUUGCUGCCUCGCAUUUUAGCGUUAAAUAACAUAACUAUGUAUUGUAGUUGCUAAACUUAUAUCACUUAACGUAUAGCAGGUUCUCACACAGAUAAGCCCAACCACAGGUGUAUGGUAGUGGUAGUAUGUCUGCAGUCUUUUUGACAUUUACAGAAUAAAAAGGUCCUCAAGUAAAAUGAAGUGGUCAAAGAAAGCUUAUACAUCAUAUUUGGUGAAGCCAUAAUUAGCCUGUUCCAGGCCGUACAUAAUAUAAUUUAAAAUAACUUCAAGACAUGUAAUUAGCAAUAUUAGUAGAAAGAUAAAAAUGUUGGCCUGUGAAUCCAUCCAAACCCAUUUAACUGUGACUUUUUCCAUAAAUACAUUAGCAUUUACCGGCUAGGUAUAUUUGAUGACUGUUGUUUACAUUAGGUAGGUAGAUGUGUACAUUACCUGAUUAAAUUUUAUUCUCGAGCAGUUAAAAAAUAUUAAUUUAUUUUAUUUUUCUAAAUGACAAUUACAUUACUGUUUACAUAAAAAUAAUAAAUUAUUAUUGCUAAGAAUUAUCUUUUAUUAACAAAUCAAAUCAAACAAAUUUAUUAACAAAUCAAACCUGUAUACAAUCAAUAUUAUUUUGGGUGAGGUCAGUUACCUUUCAAUUCUGAGACCCAACAACAAAGUCAACAAAUUUCAACUAAAUUAAACUGUGUUUCAAAGAGAAUUCCUCAUGGGCCACACACAUUUUUACUCAAUAAAGCAGAUUUCUGUAAAGUACAUGUACUAGAAUACACCUAA